AUGAACUUAUACCACGUACAAAUCUUUACUAUCAUUUUGUCCCCGUAUCUUAAACGUUGUCAAAAUUGGCAAUACGGUCCACCAACAUUCCAAGAUGGUCCACAUAAUGAUGCAUUAUAUUAUCGAGGCUGUUAUAACCUACUUGUCGACUAUAUUAAUGCAUACGCUGAAUAUAUACUCGGAAUGGGAUUGACAGCUGUUAUUUUAUUGAUAACCGUAUUUCUGUUGCUGCUACGCGCAGAACUUAGGAAUAGUCCAACUGAUCUACAAAUAUACGACAAAAACUUAUUAAAAAACAAUCAGAAUAAUCAUUAUUACUUUGAUAAUAAGUAA